AUGCCGAAAUCGAAGGUUAUUGAAGUGGAUGCGGAUGUCUACUUUUCAGCCAAUUAUGCCGACGAUUGCCAGUCGGAGACUACGUCUAUUGGUACCUCGAUCUAUAAUGGCUUGAUGGAAAAUGGUAGACGGUAUCAAACGCUGAGCGACAAAGAAUAUCUGAUUCCUGCCGAUGACCUCGCAUUUGAGUCCUAUGAAGCUGGUCAUCUGCUCGCUCUUGUCUUAGAUUCGGAACGAGAGAACCCGCUAUUUAGAUCGCCUGUUGGCAAGAACCCUACACAUGUGCUCGAUAUCGGAACGGGUAAGGGUAACUGGGCUAUUGAUGUUGCCGACAUGUUUCCGUCUGCAACUGUCCGGGGAGUCGACCUCUUCCCACCUCCCAUUACAUGGAUGCCACCCAACUGCAUUCUCGAAGUCGACAACGUCCUAGAAGAAUGGACCUGGAAAACCCCACUCGAUCUAAUCCACAUGCGAAUUAUGACUGGCUCAUUCGAUACCGCGGGAUGGGAUCACGUCUACAAAGCCUCCUUCAAAAAUCUACGACCAGGAGGCUGGAUCGAACAAUAUGAGGGUUGUACAUCCAUCCAAUGCGACGACGACAGCCUACCGGCAGACAGCAUCCUGCGAACCUGGGGCUCGACUAUGGACGCGUGUGGUGCGCGCGCCGGACUCUCGCUGGAUACCCUCGACACCAUGCGCGGCACAAUAGAAAAGGCUGGGUUUGUGGAUAUCCAGGAGAAGGCGUAUAAGUGGCCGAUUGGGCCUUGGGCUCGAGAUCAGAAAUAUAAAGAGGCGGGCGUGGUGAAUUUCCAGCAUUGGAUUUCUGGUAUGGAGGGAUGGUGUAUGUGGUUGCUUACUCAUUUCGGUGCGCCGAGUCCUUGGACCAAGGAUGAGGUUACCGUUUAUUUGGCGAAGGUUCGUUCGGAGCUUAAGAAUCCGAGAUAUCAUAUUUAUCAGAGAGCACGUCGUGUGUGGGCGCGCAAGCCCUUCCCUGGAGAGCUUACGCCUGAGAUGACUCCUGAAGCGACACCGAUCAAGGACGAGGAGGCGUGA